AUGGCAUCUGCUGGGGGCGUUCUCUCCAAGGAGCAGCUUCUUUGCCCCAUCUGUUUGGACGUCUUCCGUCUCCCCGUUUCCACUCCUUGUGGACACAACUUCUGCAGGGACUGCAUUCAGAGAUACUGGCAGAGCCUCCAUCUUACACAGUGUCCUGUGUGCAAGCACAGGUUUUACAUGGCGCCUGAUCUCAAGGUCAACACCUUCAUAUCAGAGGUGGCUUCCCACUUUACGGAGAACGAAUGUGAAAUCGACGUGGUGGACCAGGCGGCAGGAGAGGUUUCUUGCGACGUGUGCAUCGGGAAAAGAGUGAAGGCGUUCAGAUCCUGUUUGGACUGUUUGGCCUCGUUCUGUGAGACUCACCUGGAGCCCCAUCAUGUGGUGAGCAUGCUCAAGAAGCACAGCCUGAUCAGCCCAACGAUGCGCAUGCAGGAGAGAAUUUGCAAGAAGCACGAGAAACUCCUGGAUUGGUUUUGCACCACGGACCAGAGCUUUGUGUGCCACGUCUGCACAAAGACAGACCAUCGGGGUCAUCACAUUGUGCGCAUAGAGGAUGAAAGCAGACACCGCAGAGCUCAAAUAGUGAAAAUGAAUGUCAGAGUCCAAGAGAUGAUCAGCUGCAGGCGACAAACCGUCUUUGAAAUCAAUCAAGCCGUCGAUCUCAGCAAAAGAAACACGGAGAGCGAAAUUGAGGAGAGUUUGCAAAUCUUCCAGAAACUGAUCCAAAUCCUCCUCAAAAGUCAAGCUGAGGUGGUUGAAGCGAUGAAAACAAAACACGGGCAAGUUCAAAGCAACGCCGCCGAGACUACAACAGAGCUGGAGAGGGAGGUCGAGAGGUUAAACACCAGGAAAGACGAGCUGGAGCUGCUCUCUCGCACGGAGGACGAUCUCCACCUGCUCCAGAAAUUCCCAGACUUCUCCACCAUCCCGGCGGUCAGGCAGUGGGAUGACCUCUGCGUGGAGAGUGCCGAGUACGUGGGCGCAGUGAGGAGGGCGCUCCGGAGGGCCGCAUCGGAGCUGGAGGAGGCCGUGAAGGCUGAGGUGAAGAGGCUCUGUGCGGCCGAGUGCGAGCGCGGUCGCAGGUUCGCUGUGGACGUAACUCUGGACUCUGAAUCGGCUCAUCCUAAACUGGUGAUCUCCGAAAACAAAAAAGAGGUCUACCACGGCGACGUGGCGGUGAGGCACCCUGCUGACCCGCAGAGAUUCUAUCCCUGCGUCAGUGUUUUGGGGAAAGAGGGAUUUUCCUCCGGACGGUUUUACUUUGAGGUCCAGGUGAAAGGGAAGACGGAGUGGGACGUUGGAGUUGCCCUGGAAUCGGUUCAGAGGAAAGGGGGGAACUGGAUGAACCCUGACAGAGGGUACUGGACCCUCGGGAUGAGAGAGGAGGGCAAAUACUGGGCACUCAGCAGCCCUCCUGUCUGCGUGCCGCUGGUGGACCCACCCCAGAGGGUUGGGGUGUAUGUGGACGUGGGGUGGGGACAAGUUUCCUUUUACAACCCAGACUCUCUUACUCACAUCUACUCGUUUACAGGAUAUUCUUUCUCUGGAAGACUUUUACCCCAUUUAAACCCCCACAGAAACCACAGCGGGGUCAACUCAGCUCCCCUCAUCAUUCUGCCAGUAAACAUGUGACCUUUUUCUUAUUGUUAGCCCUUUAUUUCAAACAAAACAUAUUAAACAAUUAGGAUAAUAAGAAAGGAACAUUUUAUAUAAAUUAUGAAUUAAAAUAAAUGACCUCAAAAUGUUAUUUGAAAUCAGAAAACAGAAUGUUUGUAUCAUCAGCAAAUAAUCUAAAUUUCAUUUCAUGUGAUGUUUUAACAACAUCAUUACUGUAAAGAUGAUAUAAAACUGGCCCUAGUACUGAACCUUGAGGGACACCACAAACAACGUCUAGAAUUGUUGAGUUAUGGUCUCCCAUCUUCACAAAUUGGCUGACCAAACCUUAAAUCAACUUUUAUUAGCUGUUGACCUCCAUAAACAUUACAUAACCCUUUUACACCGGGGAAAUUUCUGUCGACAGCAAAAUAACACACAUUCUUUGAACUACACAAUUAACGCAAUUCCAGUUCUGAAGCUGAGAAAGGGGAAUUUCAGCGGGAAUAAUUCCUGUUUCAACAUGUUCAGUGGACGCUUUUUUUAAGUGGAGCCCAAAUAGUAUCUUUAAAAUGUGCGUAGUGAUGAAAGAAUAUGAGUUUUGAACCCAUUUCCAUAGACGUUUCAUUGGAAAUAGUCAUAAGUAUACCAGCUCCACCCCUCUGAUUGGGUUUUCACAUUUCGGCUGUGGGUGGAGUCAGCCUCCAACUUCCCUGUUUGGUUACCCUUUAAGUAGCUUUUCACCCAAUCUAACCUUUCUGUCUAUUAAAGACCCACUCCAAUCAUCUUUUGAGCUAUUUUAGUCAAUCUUUUAGCCAAAAUCUACAAAUCUAGUUUCUGCAGAGCAACAGGAAGUUUAUUAGGAAUCCACCCCCAGAGUUUUGAGUGGGAGCAACCCCGCCCCCAUUCCUAUCUUCCAUCUAUUGCUCUUAAGCUAGCUUACAGUUUGGAGCCAGCUCAGACCAGGAAAACAAAAACAUAUAUGGAUCUAGUCUUUCUUUUCUGUAUUUUUUUUUGUCCUGAUUCACAUUUUUUGAAGACAUACUCAACUUUUGAGCUUAAUUUUCUUCAAAUAUGACCUCCAUUGUCAGGAAAAUACCACAAAAACGUGUUAAAGACACAGUUUGCAUCGGAUUUUUAAAUUCCUAAUCUGCUUUUACUUUGACUAAUGAAAACGUCCCUGUUUUUAUGUUUGGUGCUUUUUUCCCAAAUAAACGUUCCUGAAAGCAAUCUUUGCUUCUUUUUGUUGAUUUUGAUAAAGAAAAUGAAAACAUCGAAG